AAGUAAACAAAACCAAAACAAAUCACACGUGCUGUGGAAAUACUGUCCGCUUCCGUACACAAAGCCAUAAUUUAUUAAGCGCGUGACCAGACUAUAGGCAAACAAAGCCAAGUUUCAGCUCUUGGUUUAUGCCGAUACUAGAAUAUCAAGCUUGUAUUGUGUACAGAUAAAAUUUGGAGACAAAUAAGACCAUCGGAUCAGCUCCGAUUCACCGACAGGAUUCUUAAACUUUAUAGCACCAGUACCAGUCAUGGUUCAUCAUGUCGAGAAUGGCCGGAAGGUUUAAGAAAACACGAAAACGCAAGCUUCACCAGACACUUCAACAAUUCGCCUCAAAAAUAAACAUACACCACUCGGGUCAAAGUCAGAAGUCUCAAAAGGAAUUUAUAGAAAAUUGUCUUAUCAAUUUAUUUGAAAGCGUUCCAAACCAGCGCCUUAUAAGAAGUGUAGGGAAACAUAGAUGCUUACUGGCGUGUUCUUCCUUUUACGGUAUAUGGGCCAGUGAGGAUCACGGUUUGGCAAACGACUGUCUUGAUGAUUAAUAUUUUUGUAUAAAAAUCCAAUUCUUUCACAUUUCAUAUUUUAUAUUUUUGAACAUUUACACUUUUAUCAUGACCCCAUCUUCCUCAUUGCUUGGGUUGAAUGAGGAAUAUAACGACAGAGCUAAAAACAAUGACGUUGUACCUCCCUCGGAAAGUUGUGUCCUUAGUCCCAGAUUCACAGAAACGCGACCAACAAUAAACCUUACGUGGGAUUGUGUCAAUGAGAACGGAGGUAUACGGGUAACUGAUGCAGGUUACAACAAAUUUUGUUUGGAAAGUGCAGCUUCGGUGCAUAUCAAUUUGACAUACUCAAAAUUACAUCGGAGAAUGGAGACCUUUGAUAAUGACCAAAGCUUUCAGGAAAUCGCCAAGGCAGGAUUCUACAAAACAGAUGAAGCUUUUGAAUGUUUCUGUUGUCAAUUAAACCCAAGAAUGGAGGCUUUUACCGAAUCUACAAACCCGAUGCGGAUACACACACUUUGGUCACCGCAUUGUCCUUUUGUCAAAGGAUUGGCGAAUGAAGAUGUUAGAAUUGCCGUGCAAGAGGAAAUAAACACCAUGGAGCAAACCGUAACCGGUAUCCACCCUUGGCGAAGAACCACGUUGCAUACCGAUGACGUAAUUGAGGCUUUGGAAAAUGGCUAUGAAGAUUCUGAAAUCCAGACAGCAGUCAUACGGUACUUCAUGAGAACUGGUGAAUAUCCCAACGUGGAGAACCUUCGUAAGGAGAUAAAUAGCACAGAUGGAUUCCUGGGAAUGGAACUGGCUUAGAUAUAUUAGUGUUAGCUAAUUCCAAACAUGUUUUAACGCUUAAUAGUUAUAUGUAGUGUGUGUUGUAGACAUAAUAGCAUGUUGAACAUGUACAUAUAUAAUGUAUACAUAUAUACAGUAUAUAAAUAUAUAUAUAUAAGAAGCACGGCAACGUAUACUGAUCUAAAAAAAAUUGCUCAUGACUUUUCGCUCAUCUGGUCAGGUUAUUACAUAAAAAAGUAUUUCAUUGGAAAAUUUACGGCAAUGUUGCAAAUCUAUUUUGAAAUAUUACGAUUAUUGCAUUUGGCCAAUAUUUUCAUCUGAUUUAAUGGAUAUUUUUAUAUACCAGAUAGGCGAUAUCGUCUCAUUAGUCACAUACAGCUUUUAUAUUCAUACCGUUGCCUUAAAGUGCUUACAACGCUUUGAUAAUCAAUCAUUAAGAUGUCUUUUGUGCGUAUUACUCUAAACAGAUUUUGAAAAAUUAAUGAGAUAACCUGUUUGGGUUAAAUCUAUUUAACAGAGUAUGCUGAUACUGAACACGUACUUAAGAUAAAUUGGAAUGAUAAAUUGUCGAAAAGAAUUUUUUUUGCAUACUUAAUCACAACAUUAAUUUCCCCGUUUGAUGUUAGUCGGUUGCUUAUAUCUGGUAAUUGUUUAUCGCUAAAAAUUAGAUAGUGUUCAUUUUUUUAAAGUCAGUACAAAACAAACCUGCACUAUAUUGCCAGGUUAAUUUUACGCAAAAAUACACUGGGUACAUUGUAGUCAGAAUAACAUAAGGAUUUCUUUUUGAACUCGUUUAGUAUAAUAACAUAUCUGUACUAGAAAUAAAGUCCUUAUUAACAGUUAUUUCAGGCUACACUACAGUUUAACAGUUUUGAUGUACAGAAUAGUCCGACCAGAAUGACCUGUCGUGUUGAACUGUGAUUAGCAUAUUGAUUACAGACGAGUCUAUAUGUAACAAACCUUAUCAUCAGCUGCAUCAUUUGUAUUUAUACUGGUCUAGAUUUAGCGACAAAACUGUUAACAUGUGGACAGUUGAUCACAUACAUGUAGUUACUUGAAUAUGUGUAAAGCAUGAAUCAUAUCAAUAAAUGAUGCAAUCCCUG